AUGUGCAACUUCUGCAGCCAGCAAGAGAGCCCCUGUCCGUCGAUUCCCUACGCCUGUCCGAACUGUCCGGUACGGGAAAUCACCAGGAGUUGUUCGCUGCAGCGGAGGAUCAUCUGCCGUGACCAUCUACUGCCGGACAAGAACAGGCCAUACCCAAACCAGUGGGAUACGAUGCCCGAGAAAUGGCUGGAGCUGAACCGCAAGCUGAUCGCCACGAUGGCCGAGAAGAUGCAUCGCUCAACGCAGGCCAUCCACUACAUGCUGCUGCGCCUGCUUCACGCCAACUACGCCGGUGUCUUGCAGAUCGUUCGAAGGCGUCGGGCGUACAAGGUUCCGAUAAGUGGCUACCCGGACGCCCUUUUCUCCAACUUCUCUCUGUUCAACGAUCUGGGGUAUAUCUCCAUUCCAAUGGCUCCGGAGGCUGUCGGGAAGCUGAUGCGGAUGAUGCAGGACUAUGUGUCCCAAAUGCAGCUGCUGAACCGCCAGUAUAAGUGGUUCAGAAACGGCCAGGACAAGGGCGACCUGGUGGGCCUGCUGGGGAAGCAGGACGAGCUUCUGAAGCUGCUUCGUGUCAUGUUUAGAGACAGCGACUCGACGUUCAUAAAGGAUAUGCUCACGACGCUGCUCUAUCUGGAUCUGUUCGUUGUUUUCGGCAAGUGGACGGUGGAUAGAAAGCGCUCCAACAUGAUAAGGGGUAUCUCAGACCUGUACGCUGGCGUAGCGGGCUCAAAAGCCCAGAACCCGACUCGUUCUCCAUUGAAAGUUACUGCAGAAAAGAUGGCAAAUCCCCCAAUUUGCUCGGCAUAUAAAACAGCAGACCCGGAGACCAGGACCAUGGUAGUAAAACCCAAGCCACAACGAGCUCCUUAA